AUGGGAAGAUUUUUCACCGACCCUGUGAAUGAUAAUGAGACUGAGCCAGAGAUCUUCCUACUGACUGGUCUCUCCAGCCAGCCCCAUAUGCGUCUUGUGCUCUUUUUUGUGUUUUUAAUCCUUUACUUGAUCACCAUUUUGGGAAAUGGACUCAUCGUCCUAUUGAUCAUAGUUGAUUCGCACCUCCACACUCCCAUGUAUUUCUUCCUAGGAAAUCUCUCCUUUGUGGACAUCUGCUAUACUUCCAGCACGAUCCCACAGAUGUUGGUCCACAGCUUUGCAAAAAGACCCACCAUCUCCAAUGCUAGAUGUUUUAUCCAGAUGUGCAUCUCCCUCUUCCUCGGAGUGGCUGAAUGCAUUUUGCUGGCUGUCAUGGCAUAUGACCGUUAUGUGGCCAUAUGCAGCCCACUUCACUACACGCUUAUCAUAAACAGAAAGAUGUGUGGCUGGUUGGCUGCCGUCUCAUGGGUCUUGGCUUUCCUUCUGACCAUUGUACCGUCCUUCUCAAUGAAGAUCCAGCUGUGUGGCCACAACGUCAUUGAUCAUUUUAUGUGUGAGGUGCAGGCUGUUGUGAAGCUGGCAUGCUCAGAUAUCUCGGCAAAUGUGGGCCUCAUGUCGGGGAGCAGUGUUUUCACCCUCCUAGUGCCAUUUGCCUUCAUCCUGGUGACCUAUGUACGCAUUGCUCUGGCAGUGUUGAGGAUACGCUCAGAACAGAGUUGGAAAAAAGCCCUCUCUACCUGUGGUUCUCACCUUACAGUGGUUGGGAUCUUCUAUGGCACAGCAAUGGUAAUGUACUUGAGACCACAAAACAGAUCCUCAGAGCAGGACAAAUUUCUUGCUAUCAUGUAUGUGGUGGUCACCCCCAUGCUUAAUCCUUUGAUUUACAGCUUGCGGAAUAAGGAUGUGAAGCAAGCCUUGGGGAGAAUAAUGGGAAGGAAAAUGGAUCCCUAA